AUGGGGUCCAGUGUGGUUGCAGGCACCCGGUCAGAGUCAGGCACUCGAAACGAGGUCAAUCAAACAGUGGCUACGGAUAACAUUCACAAGGCUGCUGCGUGCCAUCUUUCUCUCCGCCUGCUCGGUCACGAGCCGCUACAUGUGCGACCCUUGACAUCUCCCGCCAACAAACGGAUCGCUCCCACGCCACACCGCAGCAGAUCAACAACGAUGCUCACCGAAGAGCUCGUGUCCGCCAUCGGCGGCCCCCUCCUCGCCGCCAACACCUCUGUGCCCAAAGACGUUGGCAUCUACACCCACACCGUCGCACCCGCCUGGCGUCUCAAGGCCUCGUUCAAGAAGAGCUCUGUUGGUCCCCGCUGCCUCGCCGUCAGCGACAACCACGUCUUUGCCGCCCAGGACCAAAAGGCCCACGUCCACGUCUACUCGCGCCAGCGCGGCAACCAAGAAUCCCUCGUCUCCUUCCAGGAGAGGAUACGCAGCCUGGCUCUUGCGGGAAAUGUCUUGCUGCUGGGAACUGCCGAGGGCAGGCUGAUGCUCUGGGAGGCCGUCUCCUGUCUUGCCGCCACAGACAGCCACGUGUUAACUGCUUCUGAUGACUCCAACAUCAACGUCUGGUCCCUGGCCAGGCUGCUCGAGUACGGCGCCGAUCCCGGCUUCGAGCCUGAUCUGACCCUCUCCAAUCACCGCGGCGCCAUCACAUCCCUCGUCGUGGCCCCCGGCGACAAUGCCGAGACGAGCCUGUGUGUCUCUGCCAGCAAGGACAAGACCUGCAUCAUCUGGAACUACCAGACUGGCCAAGUCCUGAGGACCUUGCUCUUCCCCUCGAUACCCCUUUGCACCACGUUGGACCCUUGUGCUCGGGCCCUCAUUGUCGCCGUCGAGGACGGCUCCAUCUUUCUCGUCGAGUUCUUUGGCGACAAGCCGCUUCUCGGCUCCCGCGCCGCCGAGCAGUCCUCCAUCGUUGUCCAGGUCCAGUCGCCCCUGGGUGUGGCUGACGCAGACGCCGGCCCCGCCACAUGCCUGGCCUUGGACUACAAUGGCACUACCCUCAUCACUGGUCAUACAAAGGGCAAGAUUCUCAAGUGGAAUCUGACUGACAACAGUCACCCAGCUGAACUCGCAAAUCUCAACGCCGCUGUCACCAACCUGUCAUUUGUUCCUCUCUUCCCCUCGCAGCAGUCUCACCAAGCGCCGACUGUCGUCAAGCCAAACCAGUCCCAGCACCAGUAUACCCUUUCUACCCAACUUGUGGGAGACUCGACAACUACGCGCUUUGCGGAAAUGCUCAAUACCCCUGGUUUUUCAGACGACACUAUCACAAGAGCGCUGCACGCAUUUGCAACGUCCGCAGCAGGCUCAGAUGCGGCGACAUUGCAAUACGUCGGGGACCUUGACCACCCGGCUGAGUCGGAGGGCGCCGCCGCUGCGUUACGCAAGCCCGAAUACUCCGAAUUCCCCGAAGACUGCGUACUCGGCUUUGAGCAAAAAUGCAGCCACGCAAUGACCAUCUCCCUGCUUAUUUCGCAUUUCGUGAAAACGAGCCAGGACAUGAAUCAAGGAGCCCGCAACAUUGCACGUCGCCCAUAA